AUGCCUUCUGCUGGCCCAGAGGAGCUGGAUACCCAUUUUGAUACCUCCGUCGCUAUGACCCCCGAUCUUUCCCUCUCCAUGCCUCAACGGCCUAGAGCCGCAACUACAACUCUGCCUGCCAUGUCCCAAUCACCCACCAUCCGACAGUCUUUACAGGGCCCCAGCUCUAUUUAUGGGGGAAGUCCACCUCUAGCAUCCAGCGAGCAUGAAGUCUCCAGGUCGGCUCAGGAACCGCUCCGACAUCCUAAGCCGCUGACUCCCUCAGAUCUUCAUCUUGUAUUAGAGAAAGAGCAAGAGGCGAUGGUAAAUCGACUGACACGCGAGCUCUCCCUCCUCCGCCAACAGACUGCAUCCGUGGCAUCCACAGCAUCCUCUACCUCCACUCUAAACGAGUCAACCGAAGCUAUGCGUGGCUCCUCCCCAUCUUUGAGCAGCUCGACACACUCUCAUUCAUCCCGUCGACAGCGCUCGUCAUCCAGUCUGGGCUCCCAUACACCCUCGGUUCAAGGCAGCCAGGCAAGUGUUACAGGAAUCGCUCCAUCCCGAACAGCCGAACACCAACGAUCCACACGAAGCCGUGAACCAUCCCUCUCUCAUCGCCGCCCAUCCAUCGGGUCACUCAGCUCAUACACACAGCAUCCUCACCCAGAACAUGUCUCUCAUUACGCAAGUCCCUCUAUAUACCCCCAUCGGAACUCGGUCUCCCAGACCCACUUAGGCCUGUCAAGUAGCUCUCUCGCUAGAUGCGAGGAGAUCGCAUUGCACAGGUCAGAGCUAGAAACGGCCAAGCGGGAGAAUGAGCAACUGCGGCGGAGGGUUAGGGAGCUGGAACAAGUUUUGAAGAAGCAGAAGAAUGAGUCUGUCGACUGCUAG